AUGGCGAAAGACCGCUCUGGUAGAGUGACAUACAGAUCCCAAACGCAUUGCCUGGAAAAAGGAGCAGUUCUUUGCACAGACAACCUGAUUGGGAUUAAAGAACCAAGAGCCCCCACAGAGGUUACAGAGGGUGGAGACUUGGUGGCCCAGGAACUGCUUGCAGUCGUGCCAUGA